AUGGUUUUAACUCGCGCAAUAUCAUCUUUCGUUAGACCUGCAGAAUGGGCUCGUCACUCUCACUGUAUCCUUGCUUGGCCUGGACUCAACAACUCUACUUUCCAAACAUCUGCAUCACUGACUGCUGCCACAAAUGAGGUGUCCAGCCUAGUUAAGGCAAUUGCUAGAUUUGAACCCGUCACUUUGGUCGUUGGUCAGGAGCGGCUUCAUGAAGCGCGUUCAGAAUUCGAAUCUGGCUCUUCUACCGUAAAACACGAGGUUCGAAUUAACCCGAUCCUAGGGGAUGAUAUGAAUCUAUGGAUGAGAGACAUUGCACCUACAUUUACCCUAUACCAACAAGAAAAAAAACCAGCGCAACAGCUGUCUGGAGUUGAUUUCAACUUCAACGGCUGGGGAAAUCGGCAUGCCACCGCAGCGACUGUCACUCUUGCUCGUACACUUCUUGAAAACAUGAAAACGAACCGUAUCAAAGCAUCAAUCACUACUGAAGGAGGCGCUUUGGAGAUUGAUGGUGAAGGUACAUUAUUAGUAACGGAGAGCUCCAUUAUCAAUAAUAACCGAAACCCUGGAAAAAGCAAGGAAGACAUCGAGAAAGAGUUGCAACGGUGUCUGGGUGUAUCAAAAAUAAUCUGGGUACCUGGGGUUAUGAAUGCUGAUAGCACGGACUGCCAUAUUGAUGCUCUAGCGAGAUUUGCAAGACCUGGUGUCGUACUUCUCAGUCGACCUAUGGGGCCCAGGGCGAAGACGGUAUGGAUGAAGGUAUACGAAGAGACGAAAGAUAUUCUAUUAAAUCAACAAGAUGCACAAGGAAGAAGUCUCAGGAUUAUCGAUAUACCAGAACCUGACAUGGCUCUUUUGAACCUAGAUGAGGAGUCUAUGGAAGCAGUCGAGACUGCAAGUGGAUGGUCACCGGUUAUGAGCUACGUGAACUACUAUCUACCAAAUGGGGGACUGGUGGUUCCGAAAUUCGGCGAUGAGGAGGCUGAUAUCAGGGCUUUUGAGAUCUUGACGAGUCUUUUUGAGAACGAAAGAGAGGCUGUGCAGGUCUAUAUCAACGAACUGCCAUUACAAGGGGGCGGGAUUCAUUGUGCAACACAAGAAGUUCCGUUGAGUUAG